GGAUGCUUUUUACCACGAUGGAUGCUACUUUACUUGUUAUGCUCAAGGUGGAUGGCAUUUGGGAUUCUGACUACAUGUUCAACAACGUCCACACAUGUGGUCUUCGUGUUAACUACACUGUUCAAUAUGCUUCUUUUAUUGACUCCUUGAGUGGCAUUCUUUCACAGUACAAACCUAAUUACAACUUCAGGAUUUCUUAUAUGCGAGAUGGCUGCCCUCCUCCUAUUACUAUAAAUGAUCAAUCUAGUUUAACAUUUUAUCUUUAUAUUAAGUCUCUUCAACCAGAUUUUCAAAAGUAUCCACUUUGUGUUGAGUUUUAUCCUAUUUCAUCUUCACCUCCAUUUUCUAUUGAUGUUGAACCUUCUGAGAAUCUUGUCAUUGAUUCACAGCAACAUACCCCUUAUGAGAGUGUUGUUGUUUCUUCUUCCCAUGUUUCACAGAAUGUUGUUUCUUCUUCUAAUGUGUCACAGCAACAUAUCACUUAUGCUAAUGUUGUUUCUUCUGCCCAACAACUUGCCUCCUCACCUGC